AUGAAUUCUAUAAUUGAAGAUAAAAAUCAUGAGAUCAAAGAUGAAACUGGAAUUAUUCCUGAUAAUAGAUUAACUCCUCUUAAAUUGUAUCAGCCAAUUAAAAAUCACAUUCUUAACAAGAUUAUUAUUAGAAUUUAUAAUUUUAAUAAUUUUAUAGAUGUAUAUGAAAAAGUUCGGAAUUUAGAAGCAACAAAUAAUCAAAUUAGAGAAGAAUUUGAUGUUCAAAGAGGAAAGUUGAAAGAAUUAUUUUUGCAAAAAGAAGAAGAUGCUAAAAAUAAAAUAGAAGAAAAUUUAAAGCUACAGGAAGAAAACUCAAAAUUAAUAGAUGAAUUAAAUGACAUUAAAAGUCAAUUAGUGAUAAUUAAUAUAAAAACUCAAAAUGAUAUUGAUUUUGAGAAACGUAAAGCAGAAGAUGAAAUAGCGUCUUUGCAACAAAUUAUAGCAUCGAUGGUACAAGAUUCUUCAACAACAAGGAAUAAACUAGAAAAUAAAAUUAGUAAACUUAAAGAAGAAAAUAAUAGUUUAAGAUUACAAAUUAUGCAAAAUUUAUCUAUAGAUGGACCUCAGAUUUCCUUAACAACGAUGACAAAAACAUUAGCAAAGAAAGUAGCAUCUCAAUUAGGUGCUGAUUCUUUAUCUCUUAGUUCUGAAAAUGAAGAUAGUUCAUCAAAAAAUAAACGCCAUGCUGAUGAAGAUGCUGAAGUAUUACGUUCACUGGUUGUACCAUUAGAAGAAGAAAUAACAGCCUUAAAAGAAAAGUUAAGAACAACAGAUGAUGAAUUACAAAAAUGCAAAGAAAAAGAAGACCAACAGAAUAGACAAUUCAAAAUAAAAGAAAUGUCUGGAUCUUCGGAAAAUACUUGCGAUAUGUGUACUAAUUAUGAAGCUCAACUUCAAAGAAUGCAAAUGGAAGCAAAAGAUCUUAGAAACAAAUUACAAGAAUUUGAACAAAUUUUGUAUAAUCAAAAACAAGAUUUAACUAAAGAAGUAGAAUUUCGUAAAGGAAUGGAAGAAAAAUGGAAUGAAAAAAAAGAAGAAUUUAAAGCAGAAGUAAUAAAUCUUACUUCUUCAGUAAAGCUAGCAAAAAAAACUAUAGAUGAAUUAAAGCAGCAAUAUCAGUUAACAAAAGAGAGCAUUAAAAAAAAGUUAUAUCAGUUAACAAAAGAAAGGGAUCAGGUACAAAAACAUUUGGAAGAACUUCAACAACAAAAUGACUACUUGAUGGGUAAAUAUAGUAAACACUCGGAACAUUAUCAAUACGAAAAUAUAAAUAUGCCAAAUAAUAUUGAGGAAUUACAUCUCAGUAUACUUAAAAUUCGUGAAGAGUUAGUUGUGGCAACUAUUGCAAAAGAGGAAACUGAAAGAAAAUCCAGAUCUUUUGAGUAUGAGCUAGAUUUAUUACGUAAGAAAAAAGAACAAGUUAAUCAAGAGAAAAAAAAAAAAGAAUUAGAACUUCAGUACAUGAUUGAAAAUGCAUCGAAGACAGAUUUAAUUAUAGCAGAAUUAAAACAACAAAUAACAAAUUUACAGCAAGAAUUAAAUACAGGUGAACAAACACAAAAGGACUUUGUUCGCUUAACUCAAUCAUUGCAGGUUCAACUUCAAAAAAUAAGAGAUUCUGAAAAAGAAGUUAGAUGGCAGUUUGAAGAUGAUGUUGAUGAAUGCCCAACAUGCCACACAUCAUUUAUCUUAGUUAAAAAGAAAGAAAAGAUGCACUGUCGACAUUGUGGUCAAAUUUUUUGUCAUUUGUGCCUAAAUAAUGUUGUGAAAAGCGGACCCAAACAAAGACCAUCGAAAGUUUGUAAUGUAUGUCAUACACUGUUGGUUCAAGAAACUGCUCCAUAUUUUAGUCGGGAUCCUCCAUAAAUUA